CCCUUUCAAAUUACAACAACCCCAAAAAGAUGUUCUGUAUCUCGCUGUAGCGAUGAAAGAAGGUACUGCAGGUGCAGUUCUGAACGCUGGGACUAUCGUAAUUCAGAACGUCAAAACCGCCGAACAUAUAAACAUAGCCGAAGUCCUCCAUAUCGACAUAAUCGCUCAAGUUUAGAUCGUUUUAGCCAAAGUCCUCUAUAUCAACAUAAUCGCUCAAGUUUGGAUCGUUUUAGCCAAAGUCCUAGCUCACAUCGCAGCCGAAGUUUGAAAUACCGUGGUAGAAGUUCUUGUAGAAGUUCUGGUAAAAGUUCAGAACAAAAUGAACUCGCAUCAAUUCGAAAUACCCUCGACUAUCUAGUCAAGGAAGUUAAAAAUUUAAAAGCCAAUUCGCAGUUCUCUAGAUCCUCCCAAUCCUCGCUAAGAGCCGCUUCGGUAACACCGGUACCAUCUGGUGGUUAUGAUUCAAGACGUAUUCCACUCGAGAAAAUGAAUAACGAACAAUUCAAGAAUUUUAGGGAUGAAGUCGUACAAAUUCUCAGCGGGUUUGAUAAUUCUCUAUCGAUUGACCAUACGCAAAAAUGGAAUGAUAUUUGUGAUCAUGUUUUUAAAGAAAUUAUGCCAGCGGUCAAUCAAGCCCUAACCGUCUCUUUGCGACCCCAAAGUUUACCAGAGGAGACCUUCAAAGAAGAUAUUGCAGAAAUUAUUGAUAACUUCCACUAUCAUUCUGAUGAAGUAUCAGAGACUGACAUUGAGAAAGCACGAGAGAAAAUUAGAGAAAACAUCAGGCCAAAAAAUAAGGCUGAAUCGAAAAACUUUCAUGUAAUACGAGUAUACGAUAAACCCUGGAGAUCUAGAAGG